AUGGCCCCCCAGCAGCAGCAAGCCGUCCACCUGUCGCCGGCCGAACUGUCGUUCCUGCGCGCCACCCUCGCCCAGACGCCGCCCCUCCGCCUCGAUGUCACCAAAGGGCCCCGCGACUUUCGCGCCAUGCGCGCAGAGUAUGACGUGCUGCCCGGCGCAAACGGCAGCGCCCGCAUUGCCCUCGACGACGGCACCGAGGCCCUAGUCGGCGUCAAGGCAGAAGUGGAGCGCACUCCGCAGCGCCCGACGUUCGGCGAGCAGGACGACGUGAACGGGGAAGCCACCAGCAGCAGCAGCGACAGCGCGGGCAAGGGCCAGAACGCGUGGGUCGAGAUAGGCGUCGAGGUGCCCGGCUUCCGCGAGGACGACGCCCUCCCCGUGUUCCUAGCCUCCAUGCUCACCGAGAGCCUGCUCGCCAGCGGGGAGCUCAAAGACCGCCUGUACAUCAACCGCCGCUUCCACUGGAAGCUGUACAUCGACAUCCUGCUGCUCUCGCCUCCGCUCUCCUACCCGCUGGCCCUGCUCUCCAUGACGGCCCACCUCGCCCUCCUCACCACACGCCUGCCAGCCCUCAAGUCCGAAAAAGACGAAGACCCCCUCUUCGACGACGACUGGGACGCCGCCGUAGCCCUCUACCCCAAGAACACCGGUACACGCAAGCCGCCCGUCAUCGUCCUCGCCAUGGCAGUCGGUCCAAACAUCAUCUUCGACCCCUGCAGGGAGGAGCUCGCCGUCGCCGACGCCGUCCUCGCUGUCGCCUGCGCACCGUCACCAGACGGUGCACGUAUCGUCUCCAUCCGCACCAUCGAUCCCCCGUCCCAUCUCACGCCCCCUGCCGUCCCCAACUCGAUGAACUCCGCGACUGGUGGCACAGCACCGACGUCCACCGCCGACGCCCUGACCCAGCGCGAAUUGCUCGCGAGUUCGGGCGUGUGGACUCCGCCGCGCGGCGGCAUGAAGAGGGGCUUGAUUGCGCAGGUGGCCAAGAUGGUUGUUGAGCGUGGGGGCGUGGCUGACGAGGUCAUUGCUGCGUUGGCCGCGAUUGAGGUUGGAUGA